AUGAAGAAGAAGAGAGUUUUAAAACAGAUGCGGAGUCUAGUUAGAGAGCAUUGCGAUACGGAUGACAAAACUGGAGCCGCUCUGCUGUGGAGGUUGCAGUCACCUGCAAGCCAGCAAGACAUUCUACAGGCCCUGAAGCAGCUUGGGGAAAAGGAGAAGUUGACUGAAACAGAGAUGGUAGAACUUAUACAAAGGAUUCCCCCGUACAUUCAAACGAUGCAUGAGCGAGGGAAGAAGCUUGCAAAGGGGAUCUGUUUGACACCUGAUUGUGUGCAAAUAGUGACCGCCCGGAAGGCUGGAAAGCUAGUUGACAGGGCUGAAGUGGAGAGACAGCGGGCGGUGGAGAAAGCUGGAGCUAAAGUGAAGGAAGUAAACAAGCCUCUCUCCAUUGAAAGGUCGCCUCCUCCAAGGCGGCCUUUGGGGCAGACUCUUAGAGAGCUUCCCGAUGUUAGCACUUCAUCGUGCGACGACCACAACUAUGCUAUGGAGAUUUGGUUCCGUUUUCAUGAUGUUUAUGGGCCUGAAACCUUGGACGAGCACCAAUUUUCCCUGGAGUGUCAGAUCCAGUUGGACGCUGAUAUGGGUUGUGUGGUGGAAGCGCAGUGGGAGGAGGCGGCAACAGUCUGGCCCUUGCAGGCGGCAACGGCAAGAUUAAUUGGUACUCCGGAUAUCGAAGAUUUCGUUGCUCGAUGUCGCCUCGCUGUUGUCAACAGCAGUUCUCGCAGCACUCUUCUAAAAAGAGUUGCGAGCACCACCAGUAUGAGCAUUGAUACACCUCAAGAGCAAAUCACGGGCGAUCUCAUCAGGUUCAUCUCUGAAGUGGAGCGUUACAUGGUGACGUUGAGAAUACCGGAGGAGUGGCCCACGUUGGGCCUGCCCAUUCAGUUUGUUUCGCUUGUUGAUCGGUGGAAUCAGGAACCGCUGUCGAAAUACAUGUUGGCCAACGGGGCGAUCGGUUGGAAAGAAUCCUUCGUGCUGUGGCAAAGAGCUAUACGGAAAGAACCCGGCUGA